AUCCUGGUGGGAGACAGAGAGAGAUAGGAGGAGGAGGCGGCGGCAGAGGAGGGGAGUCUUGGCUGAUUGACUCACUGCUCGAACUCUUCGUUUUAUAAUUUUUUUUUAUUUUUUAUUUACUUAACAGUGUUAAGUUAAGAGUUAAAAGUGUCCGGGUGUUAGCUAGGAGACAGGGAGGCUACAGAGAAAUUGGGGCCAGAGGAUCUGAAAUCGGCAGCAUGAGGCCCGUGGCAGAUUCCGUAAUUUAAGAAACUUAUGAGCCUCUUUUCCUAUCCCCUUCAACACUCACAGUCCCGACUAGUCUCUCCCUCUCGUAGCUCCCACAAGAUAUCAACGAAACCGGAUUCCAGGAGCUGUGGCCUACCGCAACCAGCCUAUCUGAAGGUAGUUGCUAAUGGUCAGCGUGGCUACUAGAUUCUGUAGGAGUCAUUUCUUGAAGCCAAGAACAUAAUUCCUUCAAUAUUCUUCUAGGAGCCUAGGAGCUUCUUCUCAUCCGCUUAAUUUAUUGCAAUAGUGACCUUUUGGGGUUGGGACCUCAUCAUCCUAUUAGGAUCACUGUAAGUGGGUACAUAAGGGAAGUAGUGCAACUCUCAUUUAAGAGUUGUGAUUGGAUUUGACUGUUUGAGUACACAUGGAAGUUCAAAAACCUUCGAAUGAUGCAAUGAAGCACCUUCCUUUAACUCCACUUAGAGCAAUUAGAGGUGUUGUGUGCUUACUUGUACUUGUUUCGACUGCAUUUAUGAUGUUAGUGUAUUUUGGCUUUUUGGGUGCUGUUAUAAUUAGACUUUUCAGCAUACAUUACAGUAGAAGAGUAACAUCCUUCUUCUUUGGUGCUUGGUUAGCUUUGUGGCCUUUUCUUUUUGAAAAGAUAAACAAGACAAAAGUUAUAUUUUCUGGAGAAACUGUUCCUGAUGGUGAACGCAUUUUACUUAUUUCAAACCAUAGAACUGAGGUUGACUGGAUGUACUUGUGGGACUUGGCAUUGCGAAAGGGACGCCAGGGAUACAUAAAGUAUAUCCUUAAAAGCAGUUUAAUGAAACUGCCUUUAUUUGGUUGGUCAUUUCACAUAUUGGAGUUCAUCUCCGUGGAGAGGAAGUGGGAGGUCGAUGAAUUAAACAUGCGCCGAAUGCUUUCAAGUCUGAAGGAUCCCCAAGAUUCCCUCUGGCUUGCACUUUUCCCAGAAGGAACAGAUUUCACUGAGCAGAAGAGCAUACGUAGUCAGAAAUAUGCUGCUGAAAAUGGCUUACCAGUUCUAAAGCAUGUCUUGCUUCCAAAAACAAAGGGUUUCAGUGCCUGUUUAGAAGAAUUGAGGGGAUCUUUGGAUGCAGUUUAUGAUGUGACUAUUGGCUACAAGCCUAGCUGCCCAACUUUCUUUGACAAUGCCUCUGGUGUGAACCCUUCUGAAGUUCAUAUGCAUGUCCAGCGUAUCCCCCUAGACAAUAUUCCAACAUCUGAAGACGAGGUUACAACUUGGUUAAUGAACAGAUUUCAUCUCAAGGACCAGUUGCUUUCCGAUUUUGAUUCUGAAGGCCAUUUUCCCGACGAAGGAUCAGAAGGUGACCUUUCUACUCUGAGGUGCCUUGUAAAUCUUGUAGCAGUAAUUGUCUUGACCGGAACAUGCGCUUACUUAACCAUUUUCUCGUCCAUCUGGUUUAAAAUAUAUGUAUCUUCGGUAUGUGCGUAUCUCACGGCCGCAACCAUUUUCAAUAUUCGACCGUUGCCACUUGUUAGCCUUGUUAAAGUUUUGUUUAAGUGCAAAUCAUCUUAGUACUCAGGGAGUGUCAACAGGUUCUAGGUUUGAGCUUUAAUGAUUGUAAUUCUUAAGUGGGUCUCAAUCCCAUACGUACACAACAAAAAUUUCAUAAUUGAGGAGAGUCUAUGAUACAGAUGAUUCUACAGUUUUAGAAUG